GUCAUUAUCAGCCAAACAAAGUCAUCAGCUAGACCGGUCUCUCAUCAGCUCAGUAAUUUAGCCCUGCCACUGCGGGCAGCAGCUGACCGCCAGCGAGCAAAGGCCGCGAACACGGAGUGGCUAAGGCUAUCCACACAGAUUGAUGGAAUGAUCAGGCACUCUUAUCCAUUCAGAGAUUUGUUCAGAAAGCUAAAUUUUCUUCAGAGAUUUUAUCAAUUCUAAACAAACUUACAGCCCGGAAGCGUCGCAGAGACAUGGGGAAUGCAGCAGUUGCAAUCGCAUCUUCAGUCGGGGGAACUGCGACAGUAGUAGUAAUGAUCGUCCUCAUCAGAAGAUGCCGCGCCGUCAGGAAGAAGAUAAAGAAGAAAAUCGUAAAGAAAGUCUUGGAGGAGCUUGACCGCAAGAAUCGCGAGCUGCAGCUGGCCUGCGACCCCGCGGAAGAUGUGGUGAUCGAGAUCGGCCCCGUGGAGAAGUUCCUCAACGAGAUCCUCAGCGAGAAGCCGAUGCGUUUCAGCUCCGAGCAGCUGGCGGUCUACACCAAGAACUACUCGUGCGAACUUGGGUCCGGCGGCUACGGCGUGGUGUACAAGGGUGAGCUCCCGAACGGCCUGUUGGUCGCCGCGAAGGUCCUCAAGGUGUCCAUGAACAGGAAGGUGCAGGAGGCGUUCAUGGCGGAGAUCGGCACCAUCGGCCGGACGUACCACGUCCACCUCGUCCGGCUCUAUGGCUUCUGCUUCGACGCGAACACGAAGGCACUAGUCUACGAGUACUUGGAGAACGGCUCGCUCGAGAAGUAUCUUUACGGCGACGAGGGCUGCACGACCACGCGGCUGGAGUGGGGGACGCUGCACAGCAUCGCCGUCGGCACGGCGAAGGGGAUCAGGUACCUGCACGAAGAGUGCCAGCAGCGGAUCGUGCACUACGACAUCAAGCCGGCCAACAUCCUCCUCACCGCCGACUACACCCCGAAGGUGGCCGACUUUGGGUUAGCACGGCUGGGCGAGCGCGAGAACACGCACAUGUCGCUGACCGGCGGCGGCCGUGGGACGCCCGGGUACGCGGCGCCGGAGCUGUGGAUGGCGCUGCCGGCGUCGGAGAAGUGCGACGUGUACAGCUUCGGGAUGGUGCUGUUCGAGAUCCUGGGGCGGCGGCGGAACUACGACCCAUGCCGGGGCGAGAGCAAGGAGUGGUUCCCGAGGUGGGCGUGGGAGAAGUACGAGCAGGGGGAGAUCGAGGACGUCGUGUGCUGCGACGGGAUCGUCGGAGAGGCGGACAGAAACAAGGCGGAGAUGAUGUGCAAGGUGGCGUUGUGGUGCGUGCAGUUUCAGCCGUCGGCGAGGCCGACGAUGAGCAGCGUGGUGCGGAUGCUGGAGGGGGAGAUGGCCAUUGUCCCGCCCGUGAACCCCUUCCACUACAUCAUGGACAUCAGUAGUGGCUCAACCAGCUCGGGAAUGUGGAGCGGCACAUACCAGAGCAGCAGAGACACCACUGCUAGAGAUAGUGAGCUGUCGAUUAUUAGCUCUGCUGCCAAGUCGACUGGCGCCAUGGUUGAAGAUGUUGAGCGGACUCUUGCGUCAGUGUUGAGGAAACAAAGCUUGUAGUCUUGUACACAUUAGUUAAUGUUUUUACUCACUAGAGUUACUGUAAACAGUGAAGGUUGAGGUUUGUAAAUUAGGAUUAUGCAUUGGAGGACUAUAAAGAUAUACGUGGGUUCAGUGAA